GGCGAGCGAGGAAGUGGCGGGGGGAGGGAGGCGCCGGGGCGGAUGGAUGGAUGGAUCCCCGCGUGGCCUGGAUCCAGCCCGAGCAGAAAGGCCCCGCCAAUGCGCUCUGGAUGCAGAUCUGGGAGACCUCGCAGGGCCGCGGCGGAGGCGGCUCCGGCUCCUCCUCCUCCUCCUCCUCGCCGCCUACGCCCUCCCCUCAGGCAGCGCAGGCCCGCCACUCCCUGUGCCGCUUGACGACGACGCCCGCCGCCAAGCCGCCGCCGCCGCCGCCGCCGCUCCUGACCGAGAGGCCUCCGCCGCCGCCACGGCUGCUGCUGCUGCACAAGCCGCCUCCGGUGCCUCCGCCCUCCUCCUCGGAGUCCGGCGCUGACAGCCCCGGCGGGCCGCCUUCGUUCUCCUCGCCGCCGCCAACCUCAGGGUCUCGCCAGGCCUCGCCCGGGGGGAAGCCGGCGAAGCGGAGCGGGGAAGCGGCGGCGCAGAGCCCGAGGCCGGCGGACGCCUCGCCGCCGCACCUGCCCGCCCGCCACCUUCACCAGCACCAGUACCACCCGAGCCGAAGGAAACGGGAGAACAAGGCCAGCACGUAUGGGAUGAACUACCUGCUCUCCGGAGGAGACGGCGGCGGCGGCGGCGGGCCUUGUCCCCAAGCGCAGCCCGCGCUCGGCCCCGCUCCGGGCACCCCGUGGCAAAGCAGGCAGCGCUACAGCCCCGGCAUCCAAGGGCUUCAUGAAGAAAUAAUUGACUUUUAUGCCUUCAUGUCCCCUCGUCCUGAAGAAGAAGUCAUGAGAAGAGAAGUAGUGAAAAGAAUAAAAAUGGUCAUCAAAGAUCUUUGGCCUACAGCAGAUGUUCAGAUAUUUGGAAGUUUUAGUACAGGGCUCUAUCUGCCAACCAGUGAUAUUGAUUUAGUCGUUUUUGGGAAAUGGGAGAGCCCCCCUCUUCAGCUUCUGGAACAAGCACUAAGGAAACACAAUGUGGCUGAGCCAUAUUCAAUUAAAGUACUUGACAAAGCUACGGUACCAAUAAUAAAGCUUACUGACCAGGAAACAGAAGUGAAAGUUGACAUUAGUUUUAAUAUGGAAACUGGUGUGAAGGCAGCUCAACUUAUCCAAGACUACAUGAAGAAAUACUCAUUGCUGCCUUACUUGAUUUUAGUAUUAAAACAGUUCCUCCUUCAAAGGGAUUUGAAUGAAGUUUUUACUGGUGGAAUUAGCUCUUACAGCCUAAUUUUAAUGGCAAUUAGCUUCUUACAGUUGCAUCCAAGAAUUGAUGCCAGAAGACUGGAGGAAAAUCUUGGAAUGCUUCUAAUAGAAUUUUUUGAACUCUAUGGAAGGAAUUUUAAUUACUUGAAAACUGGUAUUAGAAUAAAAAAUGGAGGUGCCUAUAUUGCCAAAGAAGAAAUCAUGAAAGCCAUGACCAAUGGAUAUCGACCUUCCAUGUUAUGUAUUGAAGAUCCUCUUCUGCCUGGCAACGAUGUUGGAAGAAGUUGUUAUGGUGCCAUGCAAGUAAAGCAAGUUUUUGAUUAUGCCUACAUUGUUCUAAGCCAUGCAGUAUCACCACUUGCAAGAUCGUAUCCCAACAGAGAUUCAGAAAGUACCUUAGGAAGAAUCAUCAAAGUGACACAGGAAGUGAUUGACUACAGAGCUUGGAUUAAGAAGAAAUGGGGAAGCAAAGCUAAUUUGUCACCUGAUCUUGGUAUUCCAAUGAAAGGGAGAGAACCAAUAUCUGUAUGUAAUGUAGUCCAGAAUGGUGAUGCUGAAUCGGCAUACAACCAGCCUUUGGCUUUGUCAUUUACUGGUACUCAGCAGCUGUCAUCAGGCUCAUCUGCCUCUUCCGUUUCUUCUCUUUCUGGCAGUGAUAUUGAUUCUGAUACUCCACCUUGCACAACUCCUAAUGUGUACCACUUCAAUCUCCAAGCACCAUCUCAGCUUACAGUUGGUUUACCACCAGCAUUGCCUGUGCCAAGUGGUAAAACUCAGUCUGUGCCUGCAAGAACAUUGAUUAUGACUACUAAUAAUCAGCAGCACAAUGGAAUGAAGCUGACGGUGAAAGCAGCUCACAAUCAUACUCAAGGCAGCGGAUACAGUUCUUCUGGUAAUGGAGCCAUGAGGCAGCCUGUUAGCAACCGAGGGCACCACCAACAUAACCGUAAUAUCUGGAGAAGAAAGAAAUACAGAGACAGUUUGCCUAUUAGCCUUAGCAGAUAAUGGCCAACCUCAGUGUCCACUUAAGACUUGCGCAGUAUGUGUGACACUAGUCUGGACUUGAGAACAGCACUGGGUGUUUCAGUUUGUGGAUGUUGCCAAAUAUCUGCAUCCAACCUUGCAUGUUUCUUUGUGUGGUGGUGGAGUCCAUCUUAAAAGAAAUAAUUGUGCUUAUCUGUGAAGCCUUAUUAAAUGUGGAAGUUUGUCUUCUGCCUAUCCAUGAUGACUACAGUGCCGAAGCAGCUGUGGCAGAAGUACUGUGAGGACCAUAAAUGCAGUGGCACCUUCUGCUGUAGCUGCAUUUGUUCAUUAUAGCUUUUUUGUUUUGUCAGAAAAGUAUAGAUGGUUUGGACUUUCCUUUCCUUUGUAGCAAAUCUUUGUGACUUUGCUUGUUGCCUUCCCAUUUCUUGUUUAAACUUUUUGUUACCAUACUCUUAUCAAACAUAACUUUUGUGCAAUAACUCUGAAUGUUUUUCAUUUAAGUUAUAUUUAAGGAAUGAAGGGUGUACAGUAUGUAAUUUUAUUAUUUGCUUGCUUUGCAGAUCCUUUCCCAGAUUGCAUUUUUUAAGUUGGGGUUCACUAUGUUAACUCUAGCUAAUGGGGAGGGCACAAUCUAGUGCUCUUGCACAGGUCAUACUUGUUUCAGUGUGGAUCACGCAAGAUAAUUUGGACCUUCAAUUGAUUCCUUAAAACAGGACAAAGAUCAGCAUAAAGAAUUCCAGUCUUUUAGGGUAAAGGUGAAUAAGUCCCAGACAUCCAUCCACAAAUGCUUUUAAUUAGUUUUAUUUACCCUCUGGUUGGCUCCAAGCAUUGUUGCUGAAUGAAAUAUCCAACUUAAAGAAUGUGGAGAAAGGAACAUAUAUUGAUUCCAUUAAGGAAUCUGAUUAGCAGUAUGCAUUAGUUCUGUUAAAAGCAACUACCUGCAAUGUACCUUUGGGCUUCUCUAUGCUUUUAAAGUAUCAGUCUGUUAACUUGUAAAAGAGCACAGUCCUGUGCGACACACAUCGUCUGUGGCAGUCACUUGAUUUAAAGAUGCAUACAGGGAUUCUAUGCAAGUGCGUAUUGCCAUGGCGACCUCUGUUAACCUUUUUUAAAGCAAGAAAACACAUCUUGUGUAGCCCUGGGUUUUUU